AUGUCUGGCAUGGGGUACCUGUAUAGACGAGCUCGGGCAGAGGGCGACCUCGCCAAGCUGACUCAUGGCUUCGACUGGACAGGCAAGAUUUGUGGUGUCGACGAGGCCGUCCGAGACAAGCCUCUUCUCUUUUGGUGCACGCCCAACAGCGAGGAGGGCCUGACACUCCUGGAUGGCAUCUGCGUGGCCAGAUGUCCCAGCAAUCAGAACGAGAGAUUCUUCUGUCCUGGGCCAGCUGUUCCAUUCGAGGUGAAAGAGUUUCUAGAUCCAUAUCACAACAAGCAGGAGGUGGUGAUUGGGAUGAGGAGAAACUUGACGCAGAAGCCGAGCUAUCCCAGCGUGGAGGCAUUCGGCUACUGCUUUCCUCAAGAGGACCUCGUGCUGCUCCAGAGUGUCAUGGACCGCACUUACGUUUCCAGUUUCACCAGGCAAGUCAUCCUUGCUGGUCAGGGAGCCGCAGAAAGUUGGCGGUUUCUGGUUUUAGUUGCCAUUGCCUGCAUAGUCAUCGGCUAUGUUUUUCUCUUCGUGAUUUGGCACUCCUUUGAGAAGCUCGUGUAUGGUCUGAUCGUCGCAGUGCAAGUUGCGCUCCUGGCAGUUGCUGUUGUGUUUCUCUUCGUCAGCUUUCAUCCAGAGCAUAACUUUUUCUUCACAUACUUCUCUCCGCCUGUUGCCAGGAUGAGUGCCUGGGUCUGUGCGGGCGUGGCUGUGCUGUUCUGGCUGCUGUUCGCCUUUCUGUGCUGCCAGGGAAGGGAAUCACUGGCUGUGACCAUCGACAGCGUGACAGCUACCUGCGAGGUUAUCGCUGAAAUUCCUUCCAUGCUGGUGCAGCCCCUUUUGCACUCAACAGUUGUUGUUGUUGUCCUUAUUGGGCUAGUCUAUGGAUUUGCCUGGAUUCUUUCCACUGGCAAGGUGGUGCCAUUGGGCGAGCCCUUGGAGCAGAGCGGCAUUCAGAUUGCAGGGGUCCACCGGAACCUGGAGUUCACUGAUGGCCAGUGGGCCGCCAUCGCCUACUGGCUUUUCGGCCUCGUAUGGACGUUUGAAAUCAUGAAUGCCCUUGGGCAGUUCGCAAUCUCGCACGCUGUGGUGAUGAGCAUGGUCCACCAGGAAGACGAGUCCCAUCCGAUGCUUCACGGCUACUUCGUUGGAAUCACCUUUCAUCUUGGUAGCAUUGCUUUCGGUGCCUUCGUGAUUGGUUGCCUCAAGCUUGCAGCAGCUGCCAUGUCCUUUGUCUUGAACCAGGCCAGAGAUGAGCAGGGUGUUCAGAGCACGGUGGCCCAAGUUCUGUGCUGCUGCUGCCUUUGCACAGUGGCCUGCAUUGAGCGCGUCUUGAGCAUGGUCAAUGACCUCAUUUACACAGACGUGGCGCUGCGUUCGUGCGGCUAUAUACAAGCGGCAGACCACGUUGUGAGAGUUGCCGCGUCAAAUCCACUGACCUACGCGGCCAUCAAAGCAGCUGCCACGGCACGCUGCUGUCCAGGGCUUCGUGUUGCUUUGGGGUUUAGGGUUUAG